AUGGGUAACAUAUGUUCAUGGUGUUUUAAAACUGAAGAUGAUUCACAAUUGAAUAGUAAUCUCGAUGAUCAUUCAGAGAUUACUAAUUCACAACGUCCAUUAUCUACACCAAAAGUUAAUGAUCGAACACCACUUUUAAGUAAAUCGGGUAAUCAUAAUAAUCAAUCAGUGACAUCAGCUAUUUAUAAUUCACAAUCAAAUGGCGAAAUAUUACCAGCAACACAACUUCCACAACCACCUUUAAUUAAUGAAGUUAGAACAGAUACCAAAGCAGCAAAUGAAACAGCUGAAAGUAAAAUGGCAUUUAUUGUUGAAGGAAUGCUAUCGAAAUUAAUUGAUGUUAGUAAUAGUGGUUCUAAUAUUCAUCAAGCAAAUACAAAUACAAAUGAAUUAGAUACAGAAAAUGAUUAUUUAAGACAAUUAUUAACAAAAUCUUUAUCAUCAACAAAAAUAUUAGCAAUACCAGAUGCUGGUUUAAAUAAUCUUCCAUCAUUACUUUCUGGACGACCAAUAUCAUCUGAUAUAUGUCAUUUUGUAGCACAUACAGCCGGUGAAUUAUCAAGUUUAUUAAUUAAUGAAAUAAAGAUAAUUCAUAAAGAACAACUUGUUGUUGUCUUCGAAUAA